AACACGCCGCUCGACAUUCACUUCUUUCGCACUUAAAGGGUUCAACGUCUCCAGAUUUUAAGUCAUGACGGACGAUGGAGACGAUGGCGGCUUUCUAGCUAUGGACCUCGGGUCCUCCGACUCUGAGUCCGGUGCUGCGCCGAAGGUGAAGGUACCCCGCGAUUUUCAGUCGCAGGAAGAUUACGAGGCGCAAAAGGCGUCCUGGAAACCAACGGUCGACAAUGGAGAGCUCUACAAAACUCUCGACCUCCCUAUAAACAACCCCUCGAAGCAGCAGUUUCAGACCAUUAUCCAUGCUAUCGAGCAAUUGUACUUUUACGACGAUUUUCGCGAGGCCAGUGAGCUAGCUGAGAAGGCGCUGGAGGGCGACUUGGAGGCGGAUUAUAAAAAGACGAUUGAGUCGUAUCACGUUCGCUGUGUGGCGAAGUUAAAGGAGUGGUGGAGUCUACAGAAAUGAUGGAGACAGUGGUAUAAGCCAUUGAGAGGAACUUAUGGAAUGGAGUUAUGGAGUUGUGACGGAGCAUUACGUUGGCGUAAUGGAUAUGAGAAUUUUGGGCGUGCGCUAGUUUAUAUAAUAUAU